AACACUGAUAAAAUGUAGAGAGAGAAGAGAGAGAGAGAGAGAAGAAAAAAUAUCGCUGUCUAUAUAAACUGGGAUUACUGACCUGUCAGCUAAUCUGAUGUUUGACGUGUAUGCAAGCUAUACAUGUAUAAACCAAUAGGAACUACCAGUGGUCAAUUCUUGGACGGCACGUCACCUGUAGUCUGCCGCUAGGAGGAAAGAAAGAAAAACACAAAACAACAACGUAUGAUUGAUUUUUAAUAUGCGCUGGAGACGAGGAACGAAAAUCGUAUUUAUGUGAAAACUGUACAGGACCUUUUCUUUUGAUGUGAUUUUCAACUGCUGGUGGAAGUUUUCACAACAGUACGGUUUUGUGAUGAAAGGUUGAUUUUCUUCAGCUUCCUACAGGAGAUAACGAGAUCAGCGCGUUGCUGAUUCACCAUUAUGACCACGGGCUUUUCGGCUGGGAGUUGACGAAAGUAGAAUCUUGGAUAACAUAGAGGUCCACGAAUGAGCUGGUCUACAUGUUACCGCUUCAGGUUUUCGUCGUCGGCUGUCGUCUGCCUCGCUCUGUUUUACAUCGUGGUCUUUAAUGGUCUAUCCCUGUACGGCCUGAUCAAAUCUACCUACACCCCCGUGUCACUUCCGGUCAAUAGGGACCGUCUGUAUUUUGCCUACAUGAAAUAUGACAGGGCUCUAUGGAAGUGCAAAAAGCCACAUCUGUCGCAAACUCCACUACCUCUCACUGCUUUAGCUAGUUUCCCCGGAUCCGGAAAUACAUGGGUCCGACAUAUUCUACAACAAGCCACAGGAAUUCUCACCGGAAGUAUAUAUAACGACAAAGUACUGAAAAUUAUGGGAUUUCCGGGAGAGAAUAUUCAGAACUCUUCUGUUCUCGUCGUCAAGACCCACGAUUAUGGCAGAAAUGAGACCCAAAAAUACCAAAGGGCAAUUCUUAUUCUCCGAAAUCCCAAAGACGCCCUGCUCGCGGAAUUCAAUAGAUUAAGGGGCGGCCAUAUUGGUUUUGCUAGAAAGGAGGAUUUUACUAAAAAAUGGAAAGGUUUUGUGACUAUUAAAGCAAAGAGCUGGUUUGAACUGAACAAAUCUUGGCUUGAUUUUCCUGGUGAUUUACAUAUACUGAGAUAUGAAGAUCUGAAAUCGGACCCAAUAAAUGAAAUCAAAAGUUUACUCAAAUUUUUACGCAUAAACAUAUCACAGAAAGAAUUGUCGUGUGUAAUUGAGAAUUUAACAGGGCGGUUCAAGAGGCCCGAGCGUGACGUCACAAACUUUACGCUGUACCCCAGCCUACUUGGACAAGAUUUGGAGCGGUAUGAACUACGAAUUAACAGAACAAUAGGGCAGCGACACAGACAAGCAAACAUACCUCAUUCUUAGCAUUUUGUGAUACUGUUGAGUAAGAUUUUUAUUAUUUCGAUCAUUCAUUACAUCAAGAAGAUACAUGUUCAAAGCAAAAAUGGCGAACGAUUGAAUACUAUCUGAUGCAGUGUACCGGAUGCCAAUCAUACAUGUAUUUGUUUUUUGUUAUAGAAAAAGAUGCCGUGCAAAUGUCGAAUUCCACAAUAUACUCCGUGCUAUAGCUGUUUUGUUAUUUGCUGUUUUCGUUAUCUGAUGGAAUUCCCAAAACAAAACAAAGUUCUGCUUCACAUAAUUAUGAAGUCUCAUAAAAACAAUAGCUAAUUCCGACAACUUUGGAAGCUUAAUCUUAUUGAAGUGUUCCCAUCAGCUGCGAUAGCUCAAAACUAAUUAGUUCCACGUGUGAGGCUUGUUGUUUCUCAAACUCUGAAACAUUAUUACAAUUCUUUUAUAAACCGCGUAUGUAUUUCUGAAUUACACGAACAUGCACCUGUAAUUACAUACAUGUGCCAUGCAUGUAAACCAUUAUUUCUCUUUAAAUAUCAAUCGUUUUCAUUGUCAACAAAAUAAACUUUAUAACAUUGUAUAUGUGUACGUAGAAUCAAUAGUGUCGGAUUUUUGAAAAAAAAAAACGUACAUUGUUUAUGCUAAAUUUGUUGUGCUCGGGUGUACCACAUUACAGAAGAAAUAAAAUAAUUUUGAAACAUUC